AUGGACGGCGAGGGCGGCUGGGAGGACACGGCCGACAACCGCGAAGACGUCAAAUUUUGGACAGCAUUAGUCGAAAGAAGGCUAACCGAGGACGAGGCGGCAAGGGAUGAUGGUGUGGCAGCAGGAGCCGACGGAGUAGCAAUCACUGGAGGCACCGGGGGAGAUGAAGCCAUCAUCGUCAAUAUAAUACAGGUGCUAAUGAUAGAGGUCUUUUCUGCGCAGCACCCCAAGAGACUCGAGGUCAACCAGGAGCCAUCACCAAAUCCCAGAGUCGAGUUCGCCAUGGUUCAGGUUCAGGAACUGACGCCUGAAGUUCUACUGACCGAGCCGAGGCGUGGCCCGGCAGUAGCAAACAUAGGCGGAACUCAUGCAAUCUACACAGUGUCAACACAUGAGCUCGGCGACGGAACCACCCAUGAGUUCCGGAUUCUCGAGCUCAAGACGGGAAACUCCACCCGGCUGUCUAAUGAUCCUCGAGUCCACGAUGUCGUGUGGAUUCCCGGCUCGGAAUUCAACAUCCUCUACCUGCGGUCGGCAGAAAUGGGCCGAACCCAGAUCAUGGUGGCAGAUGCUCGGGAUCCAUUCGAACGCCACUAUAAUGCGGGAGAAAUCGAUGCCCCCGUGUCGAACCUGAAGCUCAAGAAGCUGGAUUGGCAAAACGUCGCCUUUGUAGUCACGGGGCUCGUUGGCGACUCUGGUUUGUAUAACCAAGAGGCUCUCCAAGUGUCAUCAACUGCAAAGGUUUACGACGCUGAAAUCCCUGUUUGGAAUGCCUCACGUAGACCCCAUAGACGCAGUCUCUGGUACAACCAGCUCGUCCUCCGCGGCCGCUACUGGGAGCUUGAUGGAAAGCUCUUUAACCUGCUUCCUGGUAUGGAUUUGGAGGUUCCAUCUCGCCUGAAUAGCGAUAAGCCCUGCAACGACUUUGACAUUUGCCGUGACGGGAUUGCAUUUUCCGCGAGAGAUCUGAGAGAGCGAGGGCCAGAUGGACGCCCUCCGGCAGCCGUCUACUUUGCGCAAAUAAGUUUAUUUUGUGCGCAGCGAAACGGACUUCCCAGACAGAUACUUAUACCCAGUAGCUUUGAACCUGCUUCGAUAACAAACGUCCGAUUCACUCCCGACAGGUCGAGUAUCGGCUUCCUCUACACAGCCAUCGAAGAUCCCUACAACACUCGGCUGUUUUUAGCCUCUCUUUCCUCCUUCGACGCGUUUGACGUCUUCAGCCUUGUGACUUGCACUGAUGACGAGGAUCUACACCCACCAAGGGCCUUUGAGUUUGCCGGUGCGGAGUCUGUGAUUCUACAGAGCCAUCUGCUUGGCUACGAAACUCUUUCUCACCUCAAGCUAGAGGACGGGGCCAAGCCGACGGUUUUCUUCACCGGCAACAGCUGUAGUGCCUUUCAUCCGAUCGUGCAGGACAACUGGGAAUACAUUCUAACAACGUCGUCCAGCUUCAUUGACAGCUGCCUGUGGCAGGUUGUGCAGGUUUCGAAAGCCAAGGUCUUGGAGACCAUAUCUUCUGCGACCAAGGGCGGUUGCAAAUUUGGCCUCUCCAAAAAGAUGGUGUCCGAGUUUUGGUACGAGGGCGCAAAUGGGUACUUUAUUCAUUGCUGGAUGAUCCUGCCGCAGGGUUUUGUCGAGACCGAAGAGUAUCCUUGGGUACUGAUGCCUCAUGGUAGCCCGGACAUGGCUUGGAAUAACGAAUGGUCGACGACGGCAUGUACCAACCCUGCUGCUUGGGCGACGAAGGGGUACGUCGUAAUACUCCCUAAUUUUACUGGAUCUAGCGGAUACGGACUGGAAUUCACAAGACGAAUCCGGGACCAGAGGGGAGAUAAGCCGUUCCAAGACCUUCUCAGCCUCAUCGCCGACCUUGAAGAUGUGCCUUAUCUCGACAAAGAGAGGGCUACCGUGGUGGGAAACAGCAGCUCUGCAUACCUUGUGAAUAAACUUUUGGGACAUGAUGUUGCCAAAAAGUUCUGCUGCGCAGUAUACCAAAACGGUGCAAUCGAUCCUCCGACGCCCUCGCCGCAUAAAGAGCACAUCUUUGACAAUUUCGACAAACUCGACCCAUCAUACUCGCACACGGACCCAGAGAUGAUAUAUGAGAAUGAUAUGGCUCGGUCAACCUUUUUCCACGGCUGGAAAAAUGCACCACCAACGCUCAUUAUCCACGGAGAGAUGGAUAAGCAAUGCUCAAUUACAGACGCAUUGUCUGCGUUCAACUCUCUGCAGGCUCAGGGAGUUCCUAGCCGGCUUUUGACCUUCCCAGACGAGGGCCAUGUUGUUACCAAACCAGAAAACAUCAUGACGUGGUAUAAAGUGGUAUGGAAGUGGCUCGGCAAGCACGUUGAUGGCGAGGAAGAGGAAGAGGAAGUGGACGAGGAGCUCUACCAUCAGUGGAGUCCUCAACCCAUUAGGAACUAAACAACUUGAGUACACCUUUGGUCAUAGUGAUAUGGACGGAUGCCAACAAAUUUGCUACUUGUCUGAUCGUGUUUCCAAAGCUGCCAAUAAGGCAUUGUCGAGCUGGGAGGUUUUUUCUUCUUCUCUUCUUAACCUGUCUCCUUUUUCUUGGAUAUGUAUGAGUCGGGACUACUGUUCUUUCGCCGUCUCAACCGAAGCGACACAGUUAUCAAGCGCAAUCUUUCAAUGGACUUUUUCUUCUUUUUCCUUAACUUACAAUCUUUGCUUCCGAUAUCUUUGCUACAAAAAUGACUCC